CAUCAGCUGUUGAAUGGCCAACAAGACAGAAUUGUCAAUAUGAGCAAGAUUGAUAUUUGAUCAGCAAUUGAAAUUCCUCUGAUUAUCUUAAUCCAUUUCUUAGAAAUUCUAUUCCCUAAAGUAAUUCAAAACAGUACAAAUCUGGACGUAGAUUCACAUCGAUAAAACAAUUAAGUAUAUCUACACUUGUAUAAUCAACAUGUUUUUGUUAUGAGUAUUAGUUAUAUGUAUCAUAAUGGAUAAUUCAGAUAGUGAAUAUUUCGAAAGUGCUGAUGAAGAUAUUCAAACUGACGAAGAAGUAAAAGAAAAAAAACAUGAAAUUAAAAUAAUUGGGAAUAAAGAGAGUAACGAUAAAGUAUUGAAAGGCGAAGAUGAAAAAUUGAACCUGAAAAGCAGUUCUAAAUUCAAUCAGUCCCAAAAUAUUGAUAAAUCAGAUGCCUCUUGGGAAAUUCCAAAAAUUGUGGAUUGUAUGAAAAUUAAAAAUAAAGAAAUAGACACUCAUGAUUCCUUAAGCCAUAAACAGAAAUCUGAAGACUUAUCUCUUUCGAAUGUUAAAAAUGUAAAUAUAGAUAGUCAUAGUUCUACUUCUAGUCACAUACAAAAAUUUGAAGCAACAGAUAUUUUCAAUCAUGAAGCGGAACAUUCAUCUGGAAAUAGUAAUGAUAAACCAAUAGAGAAAAGUAGGAAUAAAGAAACUAAAAGUAAUGAAGUUAACAUUAAACCUAAACUAGGUAAUAAAAUCACAAAAAAGCUUGUAGAGUUUGAGGCAUCUCCAGAAAAAAAAGUAUCAAAAGCAGUUGAAAACCCAAAAGAGGAUUGUGAAGUGAAGAAAAUGGUUGUUGCAACUGAAAAUCUCCAAAUAGAAGAGGAAAACUUGUGGGGUGAUGACGAAUUGGACUGGGAAGCAGAAGCCAAGGUAGACAGUAAAAAUGAGUUUCAUCAAAGUCCAUCAGUUGAUAACGCAAGUAAAAGGUUGGGUGAAGAGAAACAUAAUAAUGAAUCGGAUAGUUGGUCAAGUUGGAGCAAUUGGGGAGUGUCAGUUCUCUCAUCUGCUACACAGAGUGUCUCUUCCAUAACUAACCAGAUAACGAAUGUAAUCGAAUCCGGAAUAGGUGCAGUUGAUCCAGAAGAACUGGCCAGAAUUGAACGGGAAGAGAAAAGAAACAGAGAUCAGAGAAAUAACACAGAAAAUUUUGCGGGAAACAAAGGAGAACAAGAAAAUGCAUCUACAGAGAAUUCUUAUGGAAGUUUCGGUUUAGGAAAUUUGGUGAAGUUAGUGGAGAACACAGGUACAAAAGUAAUUAGUGGUGGGUUAGAUACUCUCGAAAGUAUAGGUAAAAAGACUAUGGAAGUUCUCCAAGAAGGAGAUCCCGGUUUGAAGAAAAAAAGGGCGUUUCUUAAAAUAGACCAAGAAAAACCUGUCCUCUCGCAAAUUCUCAGAGAAGCGAAAGAAAGGGCUGAAAAUGGGCAGAAAACUUCUGAACAAACUUCAAUAAAAAAAUGGAAAAAUUACGAAACUCUGUUCGACGACCAUCAUGGCUUAGUGCAUUUAGAAGCAUUAGAAUUAUUAUCGAAACAAUGCGAAAUUAAACUGAAAAAUAUCCAGAGCUCGAUGAGUGGCGAUGAGUUCACUGAAUUUUCCGAAACAAUGGACCAGAUCAAAGAGCUCUGUGAAUUGCCGGACGAAGAAGAGGAAGAACAAAUAAGCAUCGAAGAAAUCAAAGAUAAGUUAAGAAAGGCUGUAGCGGAGUUGGGCAUUCAGAUAAACUACGACAAGUUGGUAACCAAUUGGGAAGAGACUGAAAUUUGGCUUGGUACUCUUGAUUUGGAAGUUUGCGAUGAAAAAGAGGUGCAUCAACAGGCUAUUGAGACUUUGGCAGAGAUGACUUCAACGGCUAUGGAGCAGUUCCAUAAAGCUGGGGAACUUUUAUUGAUAAAAGAUCGUAGAAGUACUGCUGCCGAAGCUGAUUGUUUAGUACAGAUAACAGCAACACUCAUCUCUCUAAUAGGAAUAGUAGCUGCAAAAUUCUGUGAAAAACUUAAUGGUAAAGUUGCAAAUAAUAAAGAAGUCAGUGGCCUGAUUACCAAUGUAUUUUUUGAGGCAGCCAAUAGUAGCUCCUAUAUUCAAGAUGCUCUUCAAAUUCUCAUUCCAGUUUUGCAGGUGGGGGCCAUUUGAUUUUAAUAUAUUUUAUUAUAACUUAAUAUGUAUAUUUUCUUGUAAUUGUUGAUAAACUUGAUAGAUCUUUUUGCCAAUGGUGAUAAAGAAAAAAAAUCAGAUUUUGAAGUACAAUCAUUUUGUUGAAUAUUCAAUGUAGAUUUUAUUUCUGUCAUUAUAACAAUAGUUUUAUCGAAUGCAGUUAAAAAAAUCGUGUCACAUUUUCCCGUGUAUACAAGUUUUUAAAAUACAUAUAUCCAAAGUUUUCUUAAUUUAAAAUAUUUUGUACAUUUCUAGAAAAAAAAAGUGUAAUGAAUAAAAUAUCCUAACUAGUCUUAA